AUGGAUGAAUUGCUUGGUGUAUCUGCGAUGGAGGUUGAAUCUGUAAAUCAAACUGAGGAGGAUGAUUUGAGAGAUAUUCAGCGAAGUCAGCAAACUCAUACACUAUUCUCGGAAUGGCUAUCUGUUGUGCAUUCUAAGGAUAGAAGUGGUGGAAGUGGAAAACAGAGGAAUGAAAUGGCGAAUCGUAAGGUACGUGAUGUUGAUCCUAUCCCUAUUCUUCAAUUCAAUGAGACUAAUUUGAAUGUCUUACCAGAGGAAGGUGUGAAUGAAAAUGACGUGAUUAGUAAGAUAAAAAUUGAUGUUGAGGAUAUUCAAUCGGAGAUUAAUUUUUGGAAUUCAUCUGUUGUGUGUUAUGUAAUUGGUGCUGAUCCUCCAGUACAUGUAAUGGAUGGAUUUGUUAGAAGAAUUUGGAAGAAUAAGGGUAUUGAUAGAGUUGCGAUGAUCAAAAAAGGACUGUAUAUUGUUAGAUUCAUGACAAUGGAGAGAAGAGAUGAGGUCCUAGCUCAGGGAAUGCUUCUAUUUGAUAGUAAACCACUGAUAGUGAAAGCAUGGGAACAGGAUAAGAACUUCUAUAAGGAGGAUGUUGAUGUUGUUCCUACAUGGAUCCAGCUCAGGGUUGAUUUUAAAUACUGGAGUGAGAAAUGUCUGGAAAAAUUUGCCUUACAGAUUGGUAGACUGGUUAAAGUGGAUCAAGCAACAUUGAAGAGGGAGAAACUCCAGUUUGCAAGAAUUAUGGUUGAAGUAAAAAUCAAUCAACAUUUUCCAGAUCAAAUUUCUUUCAUUAAUGAGAAAGGAAUAGAAGUGGUCAUUGAGGUUACCUAUGAAUGGAAACCAAAUUCAUGCUCAAACUGCAAGAAAAUUGGUCAUGGAAAUGAUGAAUGUAGAUGGAGGCAGUAA